AUGUUCAAACCCAUCACCGAAAUCCUCUACGAGCACCCGGGGGAGGACACCUGGUGCAUCAUCGGGAAGGCUGGCAACCGGAGCCUCGCUUGUGCCCUUGCUCGGAAGCACCGGGACAUGCGGGCCUAUGUUGAGUACAACCACCAGCGGGCCGAACUCGCUGGGCAGGUGGCCGCGCUCGCCCAACCGAGAAAGGUUGCGCUUCCAGACGGCUCGACUCUGAAGGUGCGUGACUACGACGACCUUUUCUGCAUGAUCAAUGGGUAUUACAACAUGUCGCGCGAGGAGGCCCUCAAUGACUACGAGGCAUUGACUCACAUGUCAGAGCACUUCUGUUCCAUAUCAAAGGAGUUGGUGCCAGACUAUAACCGUCUUUCUCUCGGCUACCUGGUCGAAGAGUCCCCCGCGCACGCGCGCUAUAUCAAAAGUCUCCUCAUGAGCGAUCGCCCGGUGGAGCACCUGAACCAGUCUGAUAUCGAUGUCUUUCGCACCGAAGCUGCCAUACAAUGUCGGAUGGACAACGACCAUGGAGGCAAUUGUGAUGUGGCUUGGUGCAACUAUCGGGGGUGCCUUGAUGCCGAUGGCGUGACCGUUCGGCAGACCGACUAUGGAGAGUGCCCGCCUGUCUGA